AUGUCGAACUUAUCCAAAUUUGAGUUUGUGGCACUAGAUAUUUCUGGAAAAAAUUACCUUUCAUGGGUACUCGAUGCUGAGAUUCACUUAGCUGCUAAAUGUCUUGAUGCAACCAUUACUCAGGGAAAUGAAGCAUCGAGCCAAGAUAAGGCGAAGGCUAUGAUUUUCCUUCGUCAUCAUCUUGAUGAGGGCCUGCAGAUUGAAUAUCUGAUGCAGCAAUAUCGUGAAAAGGGUUUUCAGAAAUAUUCUGAAUUGAUCUCAUGCCUUUUGGUGGCUGAGAAACAUAAUGCCCUUUUGAUGAAAAAUCAUAAAGCUCGUCCCACUGAAGCUGCUCUUUUACCGGAAGCAAAUGUGGUAGAAGCACGUGAUUUAAUUUGA